AGUACCCCCAAUAAAACACAAAACUGUAGUGACUCUCUUUCAUAAAAAGGCAAGAGGAGAGCUAAGUACCAAACUUUUCCUCUCAAAUCUCCAACUUGGCCUCUCUGAUUGUGUUGCUUUCUUAUGUUCUUCAUUCAUUUCUCCUCCUCCUCUUCUCCCAAGAAACCAAUUUCUUACUUCCAAAUUACCUCCUCUCUCCCAAAGAUCAAGAAGUACUCAAAAUGUAUCAAGAUUCUGGUUUAAUGCUCCGUUACAUGCAAAAUUGUUCCACUGAUAUUCAACAAUUCGAAGACCUCUUCAAAUCAUACAAAAUUCCCGAUGAAAUGAACAACACUUUUGUUGAGUCAUCUAACAUAUCUGAAUACGAUAUUGGAGAAGAAAGUGAUAUUUUCAAAGCUCCUGAUCCAAUUCUUGAAGAGCCACUCUUAGCCGUUGAUCCACUCUCUGCUGCUUUGACUAUGAUCUCUUGCGGUGAAGACACUUCACAAGGGCUUUGUGAGCUUCCUGAUCUUGGAUCAUUGCAAAGUGGUCAACAGCUUCUGGACAAAGCUUUCUAUGAAUGUGAGCAAGAUCUUUUGAUGAAAUCAGCUAUGGAGUCUCCGUUCUCUGAUGUUUUAGACAUCAAGAACAUCUCUGUCGUGACGACCAUCGACGAGAACCAGGAUAUGCAGAAGAGCGAAAGCUCGGGGAAUUUGAGCUCUAUGGAUUGGUCGUCACAUGCACAGCAAGAGACUGUAAUGAUUCAGAACUUCCCUGAUUUCGAUUUUGGUUAUGGGAUGCGAAGAGCCUUUAGUGAAGGCGACAUACAGAAACUAAGGACAGGUCUUGUUCAAUCUCCAUUGGAUAGGAUUAUUGUGAGCUGUACCUCAGAGGAUCGUCGUGAGAAGCUUUCUCGAUACAGGAACAAGAAGAGCAGGCGCAAUUUCGGGCGUAAAAUCAAGUAUGCUUGUAGGAAAGCUCUUGCAGAUAGCCAACCGAGAGUCCGAGGAAGGUUUGCGAAAACAGAGGAGAGGAAAUAGAUUGGUUCAAGAAAAAAAGGGCGUAAAGGAAGGAGACUGAGCAGAAGGAAGAAUAAAGGAGACAAAGCCCAUCUCGUUAGAAGAAGCUAGUUUUGUUUUAUAUCAUCUAUGUAUAAAACUUUAAAAUCUUUAUAAGCAUCUAAAUUAGUUGUUGUAUAUAAAGGGGGUUUCUCUGAAUAAGCUUUUAAGGAAAGAAAUUGUAGCUAAGAAAAAAAGUUAUAUGUAUUAUUGUAGUUUAAGAAGUAAUGUACUGUUGUGAGAGAUGUGGAUAUAUAUUCUUAUAUAA